AUGGCAACUCCAUCCUUAUUUCUCUCAUUACUUCUUCUCCAGUUCUCUUUCAAUUUCGACCUCGCCCGUUCCGAUCCCGACCCGCUUCAAGAUUUCUGCGUAGCGGAUCCGAAAGCCUCUACAUCUUCCUUUUUCAAUGGCAUCCCUUGCAUCAACCCCAAUUUAGCCAAUGUAGAUCACUUUAAAACAUCAGCCUUAUCUCUCCCAGGAAACACCAAAGGCAACCGUUUUGGAUUCAGUGUUACACUUACAACCCCACAAAACUUGCCUGGAAUCAACACGUUGGGCAUAACCUUGGCUCGAAUCGACCUGGAGCCCAAAGGGCUGGUGCCACUUCACUCGCACCCACGAGCCUCGGAGGUCACCAUUUGCUUGAUAGGCCAAAUGGUCGUGGGCUUUGUUGACACUUCAAAUCGUGUGUUCACUAAGAAAAUUGGACCUGGAGAAUCGUUUGUUUUUCCAAAGGGUUUGAUCCAUUUUAUGUAUAAUGAAGAUUUGAAGAAGUCUGCUGUUGCUGUUUCUGGGCUUAACAGCCAAAACCCUGGCGCCCAAUUGUUGGCUUUGGCUGCUUUUACUUCUAAACCUGAAAUUCCUCAAGAAGUAUUGAGCAAAUCUUUUCAAAUUAGUGAAUGUGAGAUCUCUCGUAUUCGUAAGAGCCUUGGAGGCUAAAUUCAAUGUUUGUUAUUUGUAUAUUAUGUUGGCUGACUUGACUCUCAUCGUGUGUUUUUUUAAGUAAUUUAUAUAUGUGUAAAGACUCGUUAUAUAAGAGUCUAAAAGUAUGAACAUUCAAUAACAACUAUGUUUUUUA